CAUAAGGAAGCCUCAAACAAGACCAACACAAAAGAUGGCCUCGCGCGGAGCCAAUGUGGUGGUGUCGAGAGCCAACAGGAUGAGGCAAAAGCUCCAAUCCGCGCUCGAAGCUACGCUUCUAGAGAUCGAAGACGUCUCCCACCAGCACGCUGGCCACGCCCCCAUGAGGGCCCUCCCCAACGCUCCGCAGGAGACUCACUUCAACCUGAAGAUCGUCUCUCCAAAGUUCACGGGCCACACCCUCGUCAAGCGACACCGUAUGGUCUACGAGUUGUUAGCGGAUGAACUCAGCUCUGGCCUACACGCGAUCUCCAUCGUCGCCAAAACCCCCCAAGAGGGGCAGCAGAAAUAGUAGUAAUUUUUCACUUCUCUGUCCUGAAUUGGGUAAAUUCGUUGAUUCUAUGUGGGUCAUUAACUGUUUGAUGAAAUGUUCAGUUAGAAUUGUUUUUUUUUUUUGCCUACUGUUUGGCUGCGAAAAUGAAAACUGUUUUCUUCCUUCCAGAUCAAAGAAAUAUGAGAAAAACACCGAAAAAUAAUGGGUACACCCUUUGGAACUUGUUUUGGAAAAUAUUUCCUGGGAAACAUGGUCAAUUCUU